AUGUGUGCGUGUGCGCGCCCAUCUCCUCCCCACCUCGCAAAAGUUUGCCUGGGCGGCCGGGGGGCUCCCUGGCCGCCGCCCCCGCAGCCGGGGGGCGCGGCGGAGGCGCGGCGGGGCGCUGGAGGCGGCGGCGCGGGAGUUGCGCGCCGCUCGGGAGUUGCGCGCCGCGCCAUGCCGGCGGCGCGGGGGGCUGCGCGACGCUGCGCCCUGCCGGGGCCGCUGCUGCCGGGGCCGCCGCCGCCGCUGCUGCUGAUGGUGCUGCUGAUGCUGCCGGCCGCGGGGGCCGAGGGCAAGGCGCGGAGCUGCGGCGAGGUGCGGCAGGCGUACAGCGCCAAGGGCUUCAGCCUGGCCAGCGUGCCCUACCAGGAGAUCGCAGGGGAACAUUUGAGAAUCUGCCCUCAGGAAUAUACAUGCUGCACCUCAGAAAUGGAGGACAAGUUAAGCCAACAGAGCAAACUGGAGUUUGAAAACUUAGUGGAGGAGACAAGUCACUUUGUACGCACCACUUUUGUAUCCCGGCACAAGAAGUUUGACGAGUUUUUCCGAGAACUUCUGGAGAAUGCAGAAAGAUCCUUAAAUGACAUGUUUGUCCGGACAUACGGCAUGCUGUACAUGCAAAACUCUGAGGUUUUCCAGGACCUCUUCACAGAGCUGAAGCGGUACUACACAGGAGGCAAUGUGAACUUGGAGGAAAUGCUGAAUGAUUUCUGGGCUCGGCUGCUGGAGCGGAUGUUCCAGCUCAUAAACCCCCAGUACCACUUCAGCGAGGACUACCUGGAGUGUGUAAGCAAGUACACAGACCAGCUGAAGCCAUUUGGAGAUGUACCCAGGAAGCUGAAGGUUCAAGUGACUAGAGCGUUCAUUGCUGCACGGACCUUUGUUCAGGGGCUCACAGUAGGCAGAGAGGUUGCGAACAGAGUAUCCAAGGUCAGUCCCACCCCAGGGUGCAUCCGGGCGUUAAUGAAGAUGUUGUACUGCCCUUACUGCAGAGGACUUCCCACUGUGAAACCUUGCAACAACUAUUGCCUCAAUGUAAUGAAGGGCUGCCUAGCAAAUCAGGCUGAUUUGGAUACUGAGUGGAAUCUGUUCAUCGAUGCUAUGCUUCUGGUAGCGGAGAGAUUAGAGGGACCAUUCAACAUUGAAUCAGUCAUGGAUCCUAUUGAUGUCAAGAUUUCUGAAGCCAUCAUGAACAUGCAAGAGAACAGCAUGCAGGUGUCAGCAAAGAUUUUCCAAGGAUGUGGCCAACCUAAACCAGCACCUGCUCUGAGAUCUUCCCGAUCUGUUGCUGAAAACUUCAAUACCCGGUUUAGACCAUAUAACCCAGAGGAGCGACCUACAACUGCUGCUGGCACAAGUUUGGAUAGGCUGAGGACUAUCUGGAGGACAAUGCAACAUGGUGUAACAGAUAUUAAAGAAAAACUAAAGCUCUCUAAAAAGUUCUGGUCAACAUUACCCUACACAAUCUGCAAGGAUGAGCGAGUGACAGCCGGUCCGUCAGUCGAGGAGGACUGCUGGAAUGGCCACACCAAGGCAAGAUACUUGCCUGAGAUUAUGAAUGAUGGGUUGACCAACCAGAUCAACAAUCCAGAAGUAGAUGUGGACAUCACAAGGCCAGACACCUUCAUUCGACAACAAAUCAUGGCCUUACGUGUCAUGACUAACAAACUGAAAAACGCGUAUAAUGGGAAUGAUGUCAACUUCCAGGAUACAAGUGAUGAAACCAGCGGCUCAGGCAGUGGAAGCGGCUGUACAGAUGACAUCUGUCCCACCGAGUUUGAUUUCAUCACCACUGAAGCACCACCUGUCGACUCAGACAGGAGGGAGGUGGAGGCUUCAGCCACACAGCCUGGCUGGUCACUGCAGACGUUGCUUGUCAUCUUCAUCAGUCUCAUACUGCAGAGACAGUGGAGAUAAUCCUGGAUCUUGUGGGAGAAACUGUCUUUUAGCUACAGAAACAGCCAACUUUCUUCUUUUCUUAUACUCUUGGACAAUGGACCAUGCCACAAACACUUGCAGUUUUCUACAAGAGAGCAGUACUGCAACCUGCUUCCCAUUUUAGUUUUCCCAAAGAGUACCAGGUACCAGACUGAACUGCUUCCUGCUUUUUUCAGAUAUCUCUGAAGACGAUAUCCACUCUUGAGAGAAUUCUUUCUCAAACCUUUACUACAGGAGACUUUCUGAGCUUCAUUUCCUUUUAUGCUGCAAAAGGGAAAAAGGAUCUUAUGGUGUGUGUUUUUCCCCAGUCAGAGAAAAAAGAGGGGGAAAGAAACUAAGAAAACAGUUUUCUUUCUAAAUCAGGCCUGAUUCAAGGCUGCUGCAUUUCAACAGAAUAUCAAUUAAACAAAAAAAAAAAAAAACCACAAGAAAGGAACAAAAAAAUGCAAGUGUUCUUCGCUGAUAGCCGGGUUUCCUUAGGAACUUCUGUAGGAUGAUUCAGGUCAUCAGAAUGAUCAUUGUUAUAGGGAGGAAGGCUGGAUGUUUUUUUUUCCAACACAAAAGUAUGUCUCAACAGUGAAUGUCUUGCACUCCAUCUGACAACCACAUCAGAUUGGUAUGAAGGCAGAGAAGCUGAAAAAUAAGUUUACCUUUUAGUAUGGUAGUAGCUCCACUAGCUUCAGAAUAUCAUGUUACAGUUGUUUAGGAUUUAAGUCUUAAUGCCCAGUAAAAAUAUGAGUAGUAGCACAGUUUCUUUUAGGAUUUAUCCAUGUUAUGCAAUUGGUUUUUACUUAGCUCACCACUGUGAGCUCAUCAGCCAUGACAGUAAUGUAAACAACGCUCUUGACCCCUCAAGGGUUCAGACAGAAUAUAAUCUCUUGUGAUAAAAUCUUUUUCCUUUUGUUACUGUUCUGACAUCGAUUAGAACUUUCUGCUACUAUGUUCAUUAUCCUACCAAAAUGGCAAUUCUCUAAUGGACUAACAACAACCGGAUCAAUAGUGUGUUUCACACCUAACUUCAUCUUUCAUAUCAGUUAAUUUGAGUGUCACAAGGAUUUCGUCUACAAAAUCUCAGAACAAACAAAUAUAUAGUACUGACAUGGAGAUUUCUUUCACUUUUUUAGUCUUAGUAUGAUCAUCUAUUUUUAUAUAUAUAAAUAUAUAUAAAUCACAGAUUUUAACUUCUUAAUUACAAGCUCAGGGUUGACACCUCUUUGUAAGAAAAAAAACUUUUGGUCAACCAGCUCUUCUUUUUUUUGUGCUGCUCUGGAAAGUAGCCCUUUAAUGACUGGUAAGCAUGAAAAUCAAAGAAGAGAAUUUUUUACGUAUCCAGUUGUCCAUUUCUUAACAAGUUUGCAGGAUGAGGGAGAAAACCUCUCUCAUAUGUAUGUAUUUGUGUGGGGCAUGUGAGUUUGUAUGAUAGGCCUAGAGAAGGACUAGGAUGUUAAUUGUGAUAGCAAUUGUACUCUCAGAUUCUUCAAGCAUACAUUGCUUUAAUAAUCAUUGCCUAAAUGACCAUGGUCCUGGAUAGAGUUUUUUGCAUCUGGUCAUAAGACCCAAGGUGGAAGCUGUUUCAAUCCUGGCCAAAUGAGUGUCAACAAUUAGACAUCAAAAUCUUCCUUCUUCUAUCAAACGCAGACAAAGGACUUCUGGGGCAAUGCUUUGUGGUGUUGAAAUGAUUUGCCAGAAAUUUACUUCCUGAUUCUUACGUUGACUCUGGAAUGGUAUAGACAAAUUGUAGUAACACUGUAAAUCCAGCCAACCACAUUACAAUUUAGCAGCAGAGCAGGUAGAUCUUAUCCAUUGCAAUCACUUUUUCUUGUCAAAUUAUAAUUAGCUAUCGAUUUGGGCAUGAAAUUAAAAUAGAAACACACAGCACGUUAGGAUAAAGUAUACUUAAGCACUUUUACCAGAAAGUAUUUACAAACUAUUUAUAUAGUAUGUCUAAUAACAAAAAGCAUAGGUUUUGAGCCACUUGUAUUCCAUGCUUUUUCCUGUUUGUUUGUUUGCUUGCUUCAGAGUAUAAUG